GAGGAAACCCGCGCCACCACCAGCAUCCUCUGCUGCACCAUGGAGGCGGCCACAGCAACAAAGCCAUGGACAGCAUAUAUAUUAGGAUAUAGCUCCCUAAUUCCCAUUUUGACGUUGAUUUUGAGCCAAGUCUGUCGGAUAAGAGCAGAUGACAGCGGCAUGGAGGAACUUGCCACGGAGAAAGAGGCAGAGGAAAGUCACAGGCAGGACAGCGUGAAUUUACUCACAUUUAUUUUGCUUUUGACACUCACAAUCCUCACGAUAUGGCUCUUCAAACACAGAAGAGUGCGCUUCCUUCACGAGACCGGCCUCGCGAUGAUAUACGGUCUUUUGGUGGGUGUUAUUUUGCGGUAUGGCAUCCCCUCCACCAGCUACCAUAAUAAAACUCCACCAAGCUGCUCGCUGAAAGAGGGACCCGUCAGCACGCUGCUUCUCAACGUUAGCGGAAAGUUUUUCGAGUACACGCUGAAAGGCGAGAUCAACUCCAGAGAGAUCCACAAUGUGGAGCAAGAUGACAUGUUACGUAAGGUGACCUUUGACCCAGAGGUGUUCUUCAACAUCCUGCUACCUCCCAUCAUAUUUCACGCUGGAUACAGCCUCAAAAAGAGACAUUUCUUCAGAAACCUGGGGUCCAUUAUAACUUACGCUUUUCUGGGCACUGCCAUUUCCUGUUUUGUCAUUGGAAACCUCAUGUAUGGUGUGGUGAAACUGAUGCAAGUUUUGGGUCAACUCACCGACAAGUUUUACUACACAGACUGCCUCUUCUUUGGUGCCAUCAUAUCUGCCACAGAUCCAGUCACUGUUCUUGCAAUCUUUAAUGAGCUUCAUGUCGACGGUGAUCUUUAUGCACUGCUGUUUGGAGAGAGUGUAAUGAACGACGCAGUCUCCAUCGUCCUGUCAUCGUCCAUUGUGGCGUAUCAGCCUACAGGAGGGAACUCACACACGUUUGAUGCCUCAGCCUUCUUCAAAUCAGUGGGGAUCUUUCUGGGCAUCUUCAGUGGCUCAUUCCUUAUGGGUGCAGCUACAGGAGUGGUCACUGCCCUCGUGACAAAAUUCACCAAGCUGCACUAUUUUCCCCUGCUGGAGACGGCUCUGUUCUUCCUCAUGUCCUGGAGCACGUUUCUAUUGGCUGAAGCUUGUGGAUUCACAGGUGUUGUUUCAGUGCUGUUUUGUGGAAUCACACAGGCUCAUUAUACUUACAACAAUCUGUCAGAGGAAUCGACCAAACGCACCAAACAGUUGUUUGAGGUCCUGCACUUCCUGGCUGAGAACUUCAUCUUCUCAUACAUGGGCCUGGCGCUCUUCACCUUCCAGAAUCACGUCUUCAGUCCUAUUUUCAUAGUCGGGGCCUUUAUAGCCAUCUUUAUAGGUCGGGCCUUAAACAUCUACCCCCUGUCCUUCCUGAUCAAUCUGGGCCGAAGACACAAAAUCGGUGGACCCUUUCAGCACAUGAUGAUGUUUGCGGGGCUCAGAGGGGCCAUGGCGUUCGCAUUGGCGAUUCGUGACACCGCCACGUACGCUCGGCAGAUGAUGUUCACUACGACUCUGCUUAUUGUGUUCUUCACGGUUUGGGUAUUUGGUGGAGGCACAACACCAAUGCUGUCCUGGCUGCAUAUAAGAGUCGGAGUUGACCCAGAUCAGGAUCUUCAGCCAUGUGGAGACAGUUUCCAGGUCCUGCAGGGUGACGGAAGCCAGUCUGAAGGGCAGAGCAAGACGAAGCAGGAGAGUGCUUGGCUCUUUAGACUUUGGUACACUUUUGACCAUAAUUACCUGAAACCUAUCCUGACCCACAGUGGCCCUCCUUUGACCUCCACUCUGCCGGCCUGCUGCGGUCCGCUAGCUCGCUGUCUAACCAGCCCCCAGGCUUAUGAGAGCCACGAGCCUCUUCGAGACAACGAUUCGGACCUUAUCCUGAACGAAGGAGACCUGACGCUGACGUACGGCGACACGGCCAUCACCGCCAACGGAGCCUCGUCUUCAUCUGGCCCAGAGGGAUCGGCCGGCGGCUGGGGCGUCAACGGCAAACGCAGCGACAGCACGUCGGAGGACGCUCUGGAGCGAGAACUGGACACGCGCGAACAAGAGCUCUUGAGCCGCGGCACUCGUCUCGUUUUCCCCAUCGAGGACCACGCUUGACUCCGCCCCCUCACCGCUCAUUACCGACCUCAGGCCACGCCUCUCUCUCUCUCCGUGCUCCAUGCCUUCACUUUCAUAGCACAUCACACCAUUCAACCCCCAAUGGACCCUCCAAAUAUCUCAUGAAGGGGGGAUGAAAAUGUGAAGGAAUAAAAUGGAGAGGGAAAAUGCCUGAUUAUCCUCAGACAGAUGGAUUAAGACUUUUGAUUCACUAUCCCUGUGUUAAUGUGAUCUAUAGGAGAGAAAUGUGAAACUCCGGCUAAGAAUGCAUAAUGACGGCUUUGGUUAUGGAAUGAUGUAAGUGCUGUCAUGUUUGAUAAUGGAUGGAUGCUGAAGAGUAGCCAUGUGUUUCCCUUCUGCACUUCCUUACAUCCAUACAGUCACGUACAUCAUGCACUGCUUUCUCAUUCUUGUCAAUCAUUCUUUGUUUACUACAAAUUCAGAUGGACAAAGCUGGAAAAUUACAGAGAAACGCACAAAGCUGGUAUUGCUAAAAGAAACAAAUUUUGAUAUACAAACACCGAACUGACAACCCAGUAUUAUAUCGGAUCUUCUUCGGUCAUUUGCAUUUACAGUAAAUAGCUUAUCAUUUCCAUCAGGCCUCAAGUUUGUAAAUACUCACGGCUGUACAUCACAAGCCCAGCCAACAAAAUAGCAACAUUAUUGACACGUUUGCAUGAUACGUACGCCCAAUUCUCUCCUGCAGUAUCGCACUUUAAUUUAACGUGCAAAGUUUACAUGCAGCUCAAAUAGAAGUAGCUGCGAAAAUAUGAAUCUGACUUGUGCAGAAAGAGUGUUAGCCAUGAUGCACUUCCUAAAACCAGAACAGACCCCAAUCUGCAGUAGAUCCACCUGUGGUGUUCCCUUUGCGCCUCUGCAGAAUAAAUAUAUAUAGAGAGACCAUUUAUGAAGAUGGAUUGUCUCUUUAUGAACCACUAGCACAGUAUGUGACAACCAGCUCUCCAAAAUUUAAGAAGCUGAAGUGACAGCAUGAGAUUGACAGAAUGCAGUGGGCUGUUUCUGAGUCAGUACAGUCAAGAGUUGGCUCGCUGCCAUUCACUGCUAAUGCAUUCCUAAAAGAAUCAUAUUGUCAAUGAAUGCAAGUGUAAAGUCCAUGUGAUGAUUUCUUUUUCCAAGUUAAUAACUAACCUUAAACUUUCCAUUUGCAAUAGCAAAUUCGUCUUUCAUUCCGAUACAUCCAGCUUUUUAUAACAGACUAACAGUUCACUUUCUGCACUUAAUAACUGGGAUGAUAAUAUAGCUGGCUCACUAAUAUGUGUUCGCACCUGACUGCUAUUUGCUUCUCUUUCGGGCCGUCCGUAACGUAACAUCAUCGACUUUACCAGAAUCGAGUUUCGCAUACCAUUUUGUUUCCAAAUGUGUGUUAAAGAGAUUUGCACUAUUUAAAUGGAGUAAGCAGGUGGCGAAACUUGCACUGGCUGUAGCAAACGACUGAACGAUGAAGUCGCGCCGAGGUGUAAAAACUCUUCUUCCAACUUCCAAAUGUCUGACAGCUUUUCUCCUGACCUUACUAUGACGGACUUGUAUUUAUCGUCAGGAUAUGUAAUCCCUCAUGUAGCAUUCCUAUUUUUCUUGCUGUCGUGCAUGUGUCGUAUCUGCCAUAUAACAAACGAACAAAAUCAUAAAAGCUGCCAUUUUUCAUGUCUGUGAUGUAUUGAACUAUCAAGAUGCUCUAUUUUUCGCCAUUAUUGUUUAUAAUAACAAUAAUUCUAUGUAAAGAUGCACUACGCCUGUCAAAAGAAAAAACGCAAGAAAACUGUGGUAUGCCUUUUAGUUCUGCAAUUGUACGUUUAUAGCCAAUGUGUUAGAGUGGUUUACAGUAGCAAUAUUAAAAUAAGGUAUUUGAUUUAUUUUAUAUGUCAUUAAAUAAGAACGAAAAACAAGA